CCGCCCCUCCUUCCUGGAGCCACAGCUGAGGCGGCGGCAGCGGCGGCCCAGCGGGGGGGCGGCGAGUGGCCCGCGCGACACGCGCCGGCCCCGACUCUAUGUGGUGACUCGCGCGGCGCAGGCGUCUCCUGCCCCGCCGGCGGGGCCCGGGAUUCCCGCGGCGGGAUGUUCUCCCGAAGGAGCCACGGGGAUGUGAAGAAGUCCACCCAGAAGGUGCUAGACCCCAAGAAGGACGUGCUGACCCGCCUGAAGCACCUGCGGGCGCUGCUGGAUAAUGUGGAUACAAGUGAUCUUAAGCAGUUUUUUGAGACCAACUAUUCUCAGAUAUAUUUCAUCUUCUAUGAAAAUUUUAUAACACUGGAAAAUAGUUUGAAAUUAAAAGGGAAUAAUAAGUCACAAAGGGAGGAGCUGGACUCCAUCCUCUUUCUUUUUGAAAAGAUACUGCAGUUUCUACCUGAACGAAUUUUCUUUCGAUGGCAUUACCAGAGUAUAGGCUCAACUUUAAAGAAGCUUCUACACACUGGAAAUUCUAUUAAGAUAAGAUGUGAAGGAAUCAGACUGUUUCUUUUGUGGCUUCAAGCACUUCAGACAAACUGUGCCGAAGAGCAGGUGCUGAUUUUUGCUUGCCUCGUGCCUGGUUUCCCAGCGAUCAUGUCAUCUAGAGGGCCCUGCACGCUGGAGACACUCAUCAAUCCUAGCCCUAGUGCGGCUGAUGCAAAGAUAUAUCCAGAAGAAAUUACUCCACUCCUGCCAGCCGUAUCAGGGGAAAAGAUUGCUGAGGACCAAACGUGCUUUUUUCUUCAAAUACUGUUGAAAUAUAUGGUUAUUCAGGCUGCAAGCUUGGAGUGGAAGAAUAAGGAGAAUCAAGAUACUGGUUUUAAAUUUCUUUUUACAUUGUUUCGAAAGUAUUAUCUUCCUCAUUUAUUUCCAUCAUUUACUAAGUUAACAAACAUCUACAAACCUGUGCUUGACAUCCCCCAUUUGAGACCAAAGCCAGUGUACGUUACUACAACUCGAGACAAUGAAAACAUUUACAGUACAAAAAUUCCAUACAUGGCAGCUCGGGUUGUUUUUAUUAAGUGGAUUGUAACUUUCUUUUUGGAAAAAAAGUAUCUAACUACAACACAAAACACUAAAAAUGGAGUUGAUGUGUUGCCUAAAAUCAUACAGACUGUUAGUGGUGGUGCGGGGCAAGAGAAGGCGCCGGAGAUGGAUGGUGGCGGGCCCACAGAGCAGGACAAAAGCCAUUCUAACAGCAGCACCUUGUCUGACCGAAGACUCAGCAACUCUAGCCUUUGUAGCAUUGAGGAAGAGCACCGAACCGUGUAUGAAAUGGUGCAGCGGAUUCUCUUGUCAACACGAGGUUAUGUCAAUUUUGUCAAUGAAGUAUUUCGCCAGGCGUUUUUAUUGCCUUCCUGUGACAUAGCUGUAACAAGAAAAGUAGUUCAAGUGUACAGAAAGUGGAUCCUCCAGGACAAACCUGUGUUCAUGGAGGAACCAGAUAAAAAAGAAGUUGCCCAAGAAGAUUCUGAAAAAUUAGAAUUUUCAGAGACUGACAACAAGGAGACCUCGUCUGAAAGUUCCGGUCAUAAGCGAUCUUCCAGUUGGGGACGAACCUACUCCUUCACAAAUGCGGUGAACAGAGGGUGUGUGGCAGAGGAGGAAAAUAAGAAUGUGAGAGCCGGGGCCCAGGCCAUGCUGCAGGUGUUUUUGACAAAUGCUGCAAAUGUUUUUUUGUUGGAACCAUGUGCUGAAGUUCCCAUGCUCUUGAAAGAACAAGUUGAUGCUUGUAAAGCUGUUUUGAUUAUUUUUAGGCGCAUGAUAAUGGAGCUUACAAUGAAUAAAAAGACAUGGGAACAGAUGUUGCAAAUACUACUCAGGAUAACAGAAGCUGUCAUGCAGAAGCCAAAGGAUAAACAAAUAAAGGACUUGUUUGCCCAGAGCUUGGCAGGGAUACUGUUUAGGACGCUCCUUGUGGCUUGGAUCCGGGCAAACCUCUGUGUGUACAUUUCUCGAGAGCUCUGGGAUGACUUUCUUGGUGUGCUGUCCUCCCUCACGGAAUGGGAGGAACUCAUAAACGAGUGGGCCAACAUCAUGGACUCCUUGACAGCAGUGCUUGCGAGAACCGUUUAUGGAGUUGAGAUGACAAACCUACCUCUGGACAAAUUAAGUGAACAAAAGGAAAAGAAGCAACGAGGCAAAGGCUGUGUUCUGGAUUCUCAGAAAGGAACCACUGUGGGGAGAUCCUUUUCUCUCAGCUGGCGGAGCCACCCAGAUGUGACGGAGCCAAUGCGGUUUAGGAGUGCCACCACAUCAGGGGCGCCAGGAGUCGAGAAAGCAAGAAAUAUUGUUCGCCAAAAAGCAACUGCUAAGCGAAGCCAGUCUAUCAGCAACUGUGUUCACCUUUCUGAGGCUUUGCCUGCCACUAAAAGCGUCCCGCUCCUCCUUCACACCGUGAGCGCUCUCUUCCCUGGUCUCUCUUACUCCUCUUGUUCUCACAGGCUGUCAGAAGUGGAAGAGUGUCAGCAGUUGGAAAACGCACCCGCAGUUGAGUCUGGCCGCCUGGCGGCUGAGCAGCAGCAGCUUUUCCGGAGCAGCAGCUCGCCUGAUGUCGCUGAGCCCCUUUGCUCAGACUCUUCUCAGGCUCUAGGUCAAAAAGUAGAAGAUGCAGAGAAUUUGAGUUCUUCAGAGCCUAAGCCUGUUCAAGAGGAUAAAGGACAUGUGAAGAAAGAACAUGAAGGGAUCUUAGUUCGAAGAAGCAGCAGCCCUGCUGAAUUGGAUUUAAAAGAUGAUUUGCAACAGACGCAAGGAAAAUGUAGAGAAAGACAGAAGAGUGAAAGUGUCAGCAGUGACACAGCUCUGGGCUAUAACGGUGAGGCCGAGCUGUCCAUGAGCCCAUGGCAGACCUAUGAGGAAGACCCAGAACUGAACACUCCUACAGAUGUUGUGGCAGACUCCGAUGCCCGCCAUUGGUUACAACUGAGUCCCACCGAUGUUUCAAACUUAACAGAUAGCAGCGAAUGCCUUGCAGAUGACUGUAGCAUCGUCGCUGGAGGGACCCUCGCUGGUUGGCAUCCAGACUCGGCUGCUGUGUUGUGGAGAAGAGUCCUGGGAAUUCUUGGAGAUGUGAAUAAUAUCCAGUCACCUAAGAUUCAUGCCAAGGUUUUUGGCUAUCUCUAUGAACUCUGGUACAAACUAGCAAAGAUACGGGAUAAUCUAGCAAUAAGCCUGGAUAACCAGUCUUCUCCAUCUCCCCCGGUCUUGAUCCCACCGCUCAGAAUGUUUGCAUCAUGGCUUUUUAAGGCGACAACAUUGCCAAAUGAAUAUAAGGAAGGCAAACUACAAGCCUACAAACUGAUCUGUGCCAUGAUGACCCGACGCCAGGACGUGCUGCCAAACUCGGACUUCCUGGUGCAUUUUUACCUUGUGAUGCACCUUGGAUUAACCAGUGAGGAUCAGGAUAUCUUAAAUACCAUUGUAAGGCACUGUCCACCCCGCUUUUUCUCCCUGGGUUUGCCUGGCUUCUCAAUGCUGGUGGGGGACUUCAUCACGGCCGCUGCCAGGGUCCUCAGUACAGACAUGCUGGCGGCGCCUCGUUCAGAAGCUCUCACCAUUCUUGGUUCUCUUGUCUGCUUUCCAAAUGCCUACCGGGAGAUCCCUCUACUGCAGUCAGUGCCAGAGGUUAAUGAAGUCAUUACAGGAGCCAAAGAUGUCAAGCAUUACCUCAUAAAUAUUUUACUGAAGAAUGCCACAGAGGAACCAAAUGAAUGUGCAAGAUGCAUUGCCAUUUGCUCCCUUGGGGUCUGGAUUUGUGAAGAACUUGCGCAGUGUACAAGCCAUCCUCAGCUGAAAGCAGCCAUCAAUGUGAUAGGUGUCACUUUGAAGUUUCCUAACAAAAUCGUGGCUCAGGUAGCCUGUGAUGUUCUUCAGUUGCUGGUUUCCUACUGGGAAAAGCUUCAGAUGUUUGAAACCUCUUUGCCUCGGAAAAUUGCAGAAAUCCUUGUGGCCACAAUUGCUUUUCUUUUACCAAGUGCGGAGUACUCCUCAGUGGAAACAGAUAAGAAGUUUAUUGUGUCCUUACUGCUCUGCCUCUUGGACUGGUGCAUGGCGUUGCCGGUGAACACCCUUCUCCACCCAGUGUCCACAGCGGCCCUGGAGGAGCAACACUCAGCCAGAGCCCCUUUGCUGGAUUAUAUCUACAGGGUUCUGCACUGCUGUGUUUGUGGCUCAAGCACAUACACCCAACAAAGUCACUACACGUUGACCCUGGCCGACCUGUCAUCCACAGAUUACGACCCCUUCCUGCCGCUGGCAAAUGUGAGGAAUUCUGAGCCAGUCCAAUAUCAUUCAUCAGCAGAACUGGGAAACCUGCUUACUGUUGAAGAGGAGAGGAGGAGGAGAAGUUUGGAGCUGAUCCCUCUGACUGCCAGAGUGGUGAUGGCCCACCUGGUGAACCACCUGGGGCACUUCCCCCUCCGUGGGGGCCCUGCUGUGCUACACAGCCUGGUCAGCGAGAACCAUGACAAUGUGCAUGCGGAAGCCUCUGAGCUCUCCUCCGAAGUGUUCAGGAGCCCAAACCUGCAGCUGUUUGUAUUUAACGACAGCACCCUCAUCUCCUACCUUCAAACGCCCUCAGAAGGACCGGCAGGCGGAUCACCAGUGGGCGCCCUCUCGGAUGUGAGAGUUAUUGUGAGGGAUAUCUCAGGGAAGUACUCUUGGGAUGGGAAGGUUUUAUAUGGACCUUCGGAAGGCUGCUUAGCACCAAAAGGCAGAAGUCCUGCAUUUCUGAUUUCAGGCUGGCAUCAUCAAGCAGUUGGACCUCAGAAAGAUUGUUCUCAAACUGAGGAGGGAGAUGAUGUCCUCGACAAAUUACUUGAAAACAUUGGCCACACAAGUCCUGAGUGCCUUUUACCAUCGCAGCUAAAUCUAAAUGAGCCUUCCCCACCCCCACGUGGAAUGAACCGUGACCAAGAGAAGGAAAUCAUCAAGGUCAUUUUGCACCAGAAUGCACAAGAAGACGAGUAUGUUCAGAGGUGUAACUCUGAUUUGGCCAUGAAAGUCACCAGCCAGGAGCAGCCCUCACCAGUGGAGCCCCGAGGACCCUUUUAUUUCUGCAGGCUGUUGCUUGAUGACUUGGGAAUGAAUUCUUGGGACAAAAGGAAGAAUUUUCAUCUGUUGAAGAAAAAUUCAAAAUUAUUGAGAGAGCUAAAAAAUCUGGACUCCCGUCAGUGCCGUGAAACACACAAAAUUGCAGUAUUUUACAUUGCUGAAGGUCAAGAAGACAAGUGUUCAAUCCUUUCCAAUGAAAGAGGAAGCCAAGCAUAUGAAGACUUUGUUGCUGGACUUGGAUGGGAGGUGGAUCUCUCAACCCACUGUGGGUUCAUGGGUGGACUUCAGCGCAACGGCAGCACAGGGCAGACCGCCCCUUAUUAUGCUACCUCAACCGUGGAAGUGAUUUUCCACGUUUCAACUCGGAUGCCGUCAGACUCAGAUGAUUCACUCACCAAAAAGCUCCGUCACUUGGGGAAUGAUGAGGUCCACAUCGUCUGGUCUGAACACUCCAGGGACUACCGCAGGGGCAUUAUCCCAACUGCCUUUGGAGAUGUUUCAAUCAUUAUUUACCCAAUGAAGAAUCACAUGUUCUUUAUCGCUAUCACGAAGAAACCCGAGGUUCCAUUUUUUGGGCCUCUGUUUGAUGGAGCCAUAGUGAGUGGGAAGCUACUGCCAAGCCUUAUAUGUGCCACGUGCAUCAAUGCCAGCAGGGCUGUGAAGUGCCUCAUCCCACUCUACCAGAGCUUCUAUGAAGAGCGAGCUCUGUAUCUUGAAGCAGUAAUUCAGAACCACCGUGAAGUAAUGACAUUUGAGGAUUUCGCAGCCCAAGUCUUUUCUCCCUCUCCCAGCUCCUCCCUCGGUGGAACGGAUUAAAAUACAUAAAGGUCUCAUUGCAAUAUUUGAGCAAGGGCCCUAGCCGCCAGCCCACCACAUGGCGCCUCUUGGUGAGGAGACUGCCCUACCGCCCCACCUCAAACCCCCAAACCCAGAGACUCCAGGACACGUUGCUUUGCUAGCACCCUCAGCAAGUGUGCUUGUUAAUGGCCUUCUGAAGUUAGACGUGAACCCACCGAAUUGUUGUGGAUUGAACCUUCAAAUGAGGCGGUGUCAUCUUGCCUGAAACCUCAUGAACCUUGGGCUUUGAAGGAAGAAAAGAAAAAGUCACCAACAGAGAGUCUGCCCCGCUCUCCCGUGGGCGUUGGUGUGGCUGGCCCGGGCAGAGCCAGCAGGAGAAGAUUCUGGGCUUUCAGGGAGGGCAGAGGGCAGCUGGUUUCUGUACCCGAAGUUACCUCCUCUCAUUUAUAAACUCAAGUGAGAUUAACAGAGGGACCAGCCAAACAACUGUCACAUUGUUUGAGGAAUGUUCUCUGCAUUGAUUUUGCUAGUUCUUCCUAUGUUAGGAUUUGUGAUUUACUCAAAAAUUUCAUCAUGGAAAUUGGCUCUCCCUGGGGUCUUGAGCCCAUGAGAAGUUUUACCUCAGUUGCUGAGUGUUUUUCCACCUGGUGCCUGAGACCCACUAACUGGGGAGAGGUUUUCCUGACCAUCCUGGAGGCCCUCCAGGUUGUGACAGUGAUGCUCCUGUCACAGAACACUCAGAUGGUUCUAGAAGUGCAGGGUCCUGUCCCUGCGAAGUUCCCGUAGGUCAGGAAACCUUCCAAGGCUCCACUCAACACAGGGCCGCGUCAGCACAAGGUGCCCCCAGCUCGGGCAGUGGACUGAGACGGGCACCCCAGGAAUGUCUGUCUGCCUCCGAGAGCUUCCCCUACCCGCUGCCGAGAGGGUGCCACGGCAGGGGCCCUAGAAACCCUUCCUGUCACGUGGAGUCUUAGGGUAACAGAUUCCAAGCAAGAGACAGGAUCCAAGAAAGGCAUGUUGAGCCUGUUUGGAAAAAAAUGAAAAGCUCCCCUUCCAUCUGUGCUUGCCCAGCACCCUUGCUGGGGUCUGUGGGUGUCAGCAACAGAGAAGUCAGACAACAGAGAAGUCCUGUUUGGUGCAGGCCCUUGGCCUGUCUCCAUAGCAAGCCCUCGGCCCACGACGGAGAGCAGCACGAAGAACACUGCCACUAACCAAGGGCCCAAGAAAGGCUGGCCAUGAGGAUAUUCUCCUGCCUCUCCCUGCCCUCUGCCUCUCUACUCUUGUGCCCACUGUCAUUACCCACAGCCUGCUCUGCUCACCUUUCUGGUGAGCCCACUGAGCCUAAUCACCCUGUCACAGCCGCCAUUUUCACUGACCUGUCAGUUCUUUCCAUCAGCCAUGGAGUUGGUUUGGCUGGUACCUGACCUUUGCAGGAGAGACGGGCAGACCCAGGAGCCAGACUUGCCUUGGGGACAAGUGAGAAAGGAUUGAGACAGUCAUUUCUAUUAGAAGGAUGGACCUUCUAGUUCUGGAGAGAAUUUGUUUUUCUCCUUUAUAGAGGGUUGCAAGCAGGGCUGGAGGCCCAGGCCCAGAGACAGAGCAGCCUGAGCACACUCCGAACAUCAGAGAUCGAGGGGCAGUCCAAACAGAAGACGCGAGCCGUGGGUUGUUCUGUAAAUGGCCUGAUCUGUUCACUUAUUGAGGGGCUCAAUGGCAGUAUGGAGGGUGACUGAUAGUCACAGCAUUUUCCGCUCUGUCAGCAAGUGUCAUGAUUCUUACCUUCCCACCCUCCCCCAUUUUCUGAUGACUUGAGCUUUCUGGUCAGCAUGGUUUGGCCCAUAUUGCUCAGACUCGAGACUCUGGUCAAGCUGCUUUGUGUGACAUUUACAAAGGACCCCGACCUCGUUCCUGCAGAGAAGGGCAUCACAUGUUCCUGGCUCCAGAGUCCCAUGUAGUCUCUGACGCAAGUAGCUUCUGGGAGAGCACUUCACCUUCAGGCUCUAGAAACCCCCGUUGCAGAAUUCUUGGAUUUAGUCCAAGUGUCAGAAGUUGGAAGUCACAUUGGACUCUUGCUCCAUGGUUCCCUUUUCUCUGUGGGAGCCAGUCUUCCUGACCCUGGAGUGGGAGACUCGGUUGUAGGCAGCAAAUAUCCAGACCUUCCUGUGAUCCCUAAUGAUUUUAACAACUCACGACCCCAGGUUACUGCCAACAGUUUUGUGACUGGAGCUUUCUCUAAGCCGACUCUUCUCAGUAACGACUCUGGUUGGGAGAUUUGGGAUGGGGGAACAGGGAAUCUGGCGACAAGAUUGCUCAUAAUCACGUAGACUUGAAUCAUUUUGUUAUUUGGGGUGGAAAAUUGAAAUGAUCAAGGUUUUUUUUUUUUCACCUAGAAAAGCAAACAUUGUGCUUUUGUAAUAAAUGCCUUUCAGCAGAAUUGCAGAGGGUCACUCACCCGGUGGGGACCCGCCUGAGUCACAGUGCUGACUUCAUCAUUAGUAGGGCAGCCAUCUGUAAACAAGAGUGGCCCUAAUUGGCUCAAAAUGGUAAGACCCGUUGGCUUCCAGGCUGGGCCAGGCCAGCCCCCUCACUUGUCUACACGCUGAUGUCCAUCUAAAGCAAAGCUGAUAUUCUGUAGUCUCAGUGAGUAGGUUCUUGUACUUAAAAGAGCAUAGUAAUUCUACAAACUGACUCUUUUUUAAAUAGUAAAACCUUAAGUAAACAGAAGUGAGGAAAUUUAGCUUGGAUAAGUGACUGUCCCAGUAUCUUCAUCCAGUUAAGGCUGCAGCUCCUCAGAGCCGCUGAGAGGAUGGGGUGGUUUAAGCCUUGACUUGGUGACAGGGGCUGACCGAUGGGACCCUUAGCCUUACAAGCAAGAGAUCGCGCAGAUCCGUAGACAAUGCAAAUCACAUCCUCCUGACCUUCCUCAGGCGUGACCACCUGUGCUUCCUUUAUUGUUAUAUUUGUAUCAUCUGAAGGGUUGAGGGGUCCUUUAAAACUUACUGUGAUGUCUUAUAUGUAACUGUGUUACGUUAAUACCUAGUAAAGGGGAAUGUCCGCACUGAAGGGAAAUUCAACAUGAGACAACCAUCGUUUUAGUUGCACUCAAUAUCUAUGUAUGACAUACACAUUAAGUGAAUGUUUUCAGGUCUACAAUAUUUAGUACAUGUAAAUAAGGAAAAAAUUUGAUAAAAAUGGUAAAUUAAGUUAUAGUGUGUCACUUGAUUUUUAUUUUGCUAUCUCUUGUUAUUUAAUUUUCCUAAUGCUCCACAUCUAGGUUUAUGUCUAGGUGAGAUAGGCCUUUACGUAUAACCCACUUUUGCAGGCGGGUGUGUGCGCCACGACACACUGCAGCAGAGCGUGCCACGCCCGGAAAAGCACACAGCUCCCCCGAUGACCGCCACUUGCCUCCAGUUUACCCUCUUUUUCUCUUUAAUUCUGAUUUACUGUGAUGAUUUAAUAAAGUAGAAACACAGCACUUGAGUGCCAUAUGUUUCAUUUGUUUUCAAUAUAGUUUGCAGGAAAAUAAAGUUUAUCCUGGCAUCUAA